AUGGCCACCGGGGAAAUAGCUUCUCGUCUCCAUCUCUUGAUCGAUCGUUGUGUUCGCCGCUAUGAUGAACGAGACGGAAACUCGUGGACGAAGGAAAUGGAGAAAGAUCUUCUUAUUUCUCUAUCGCAGGUGCUAAGAGAAAUUCAAACCUGGAUUGAUGAAAUUGGCCGUGAUUCAGCAGCGGAAAAAAGAGAGCAAGCUGUUGAUCAUGAAGAGGAAACUUGUGCUGUUUUGUAUGGUCCAGAAUCCAAAGAAUAUCAAUGCUUAGAAAGACUUGUGGCCAAUCUUGUUGGUUUGUUGGGUAUGAAGAGUGUGCAUGGUCAACAUUUGGCUGGCAAUAUUCUUGUGGAAGUAUCUGAGUCACUGGUUGAAUCUGAAAGUCAAUGGGAUGAUUUUAUUCGGUUGCUUUGUGACUGUCUGCACUUAGCAAUUAUCUACAUUUGCCCAAUUCCUGCUGUUUCUUCUGAAAAUGGAUGUGGAAGUCCGGAUCUACAUUUGUUUGGUUCUGAUGUUCUUAAAUGUAAGCUGCAAAAGGCUAACUGGUGCACGGUGUCUGCUAUCUUUCGAGUUCUUCGUAAUAUAUUGAAGCGGUUGAGCCAAGAAGAAAAUGAGGAGCUUCUUGAUGUAUACUUAGAAUCUGUCAACUCUACACUUGCAAAAGUUCCUUGGUGCCGAGUAGAUACUAUUUUUUCUUAUCAGCAUGUUAGUGGUGAAAGAAAUUCCCAAAGUCAUAAUGGAACUCUAGGAAGCAUUGCAAACAGUGAGGAAGUUACUGUAUUUCUUGGGAAAUUUGUUCAGUUUCUCUGUUCCCUGGUUCAGCAGGUUCGCUUUGCAGAAGAUUCUGAUAGUUUUGGACCUGCACAUUUGAUACUCCAAAAAACCAUCGAGCUUGUUCCGAAUCUCCUCCGUUGGUGCCAACCAAAGAUAGAAAGUCAAAGUGGCUCUUGCAUGUCAAGAUACCUAGCGCACAAGUUGCUGGUGUUGAUGACCAGACUUACUUAUCAGUCCAAUAUCAAAUGUACCAUUCUUCUUUCAUGGCUGCAAUAUUUGCAACGCCACUUUCAAGGGUUUCUUCAAUACACCCUAACUAGGUUCGGACCUGUCCAAGAUAAUUGUUUGGAAGGUUCUCCAUUUUUUGUGUGUUUAUCUGAUCGGGAGGUCAAUGAAGCACAUUCCAAUCAUUUGCAAAGACUUUCUGUGUUUCUGCUCCUACGGUGCUCCUUCACUUUGCUUGAUUCAAGUAGACAUACCGACAAGCACUGUGGGUUUGAUUGUAGAAAGAAAGGGAUGAAGGAGAUGUUAAAAUGGAUUGAACUACAGAUUCCAGGCGAUACAUUUUCCGCUCAAAGAACUUAUACCAAGAAGAGUGUUGACUUUUCUACAUCUUUUGUCCGGCUGUUUAUGCAUGAGGAUGAUCUAUUAUUUAAAGUCCUCCUCCAAUUGCUGUCUGUACCAUUGCGUGGAGGGGAACUGCUGAACGAGGAAGGGCGUUCGCUACAAGAUGAGGAGCAAACUAUUCUCUUUCGUUUAUCAACCCUGUUCAAUCCUGUAGUACUAUUCUGUAUAUUUCUUUCAGAGCUGCAUUAUGAUCAUCAAGUGCUUCUUGAUUACCUUAUAUCUAAAGACAUUGGGGCUAGCUGUGCAGAGUACCUGCUGAGAUGCUUGCGCGCAGUCUGUGAUUCGUGGGCACUAUUUUUGGAGUUUCCAUUUGAAGGAAAUGUAGAUGCUUCGUCUUCAAAAAGAAGGAAAAUUUCGCUCGAGACUUCCGAGGUUGAACAAAACUGGAAAUUACGUCCCCAGGCUUUUGAAGAGGCUAAAGACUGUCUGCUUUCAUUGCAAAAUUCGAUUGUUAAGUUACAUCAGAAGAAAUUGUUUCCAUACAACCCAGAACCUCUUCUACGACGAGCUCUGUUGAGGCAGUUUUUCUAUUUUGAGGCAGAUUUUCAAGGUUUCAAGAGCUCUGUCUAUCCCGCGAGUAAUAUAUCUGUACCAAAGAAGGAUCAGAUGCCAAUACAAAGAACUGAAGAAGUAAUUGGCUCACAAGUAGAACUGAGCGGUAAAUCAGAGAGCAUUAUGUUCUUGCCUCCACAAUCCAAAUCGGAAAGGUAUAAGAUACUUUUGGUCAAGCUAAUGUGA